AUGGACCCGAGGCUGACACAGCGCUCUUCCUUCUCUUCUUCCAACUUCUCGGCAUCGACGAACCGCUCGUCCCGUGGCUCGCGCUCGUCUUUGGCGUCAUCGUCGGCGGCUUCCUAUGACACUGACGGUACCUCUCCGGAUUCGUCGCCACGGUUCCUGAAAUCACCCAUACCCACUACCUCCCAAUCACACUCGAAUGGCCAUCAUAAACGAACCUCUGUACAAUCACUGCCUGCUGGACGUGGGAACGGCUCGUUUGUCGACACUGCUGCGCCGACCGUGUCGUCGGCGUCGGGCUCGGCGGCUCGCGAUGAUCUUGGCUCCACACGACGGGCCUCGGCUCCUCCCAAUCCUCUCAAAUCGGUCUCCCUGUCGCCUCGCCGCGGACGGCCAAUGCUUGAACCACGGGGACCGAAAAUGCAAUCCCAAUUUUUGGGCUUAGAUCUCUCCUUCCUGGAGGAUGAACCGCCACCGCCACCACCUGGCUCGUCGUCGGUUCGGCCGAGCUGGGCUGUGGCGCGUCGCGCGAACUCGGGCGCUUCGGGUAGAUCAACUUCGGACGAGUUUGGUCCGAGUCAGCGUGAGUAUUCGACGCAUUAUGAUACGAAUAAAGAGACGGAGUGCCAUGAUACCGUUACUUACUCCAUUGUCACUCGGCGCCUGUCCCGUAGGUCCUUCUAUCACGCUGCCCACGCAACGGGCCUCUGUUGGUUCGAUUGGCUUGACCUUUCCGAGCGCCUCGAGGCCUUUCCCAUCGCGCAAGCCUCCUCCGCUCUCAGAUCUACGCAGCACGUCUUCUUCGAACAAGAAGACAUCACCCUCCGCUGUCUCUCUCAAUACUUUCGGCCGGCUCGGCCCCGCCACCUCGCCACCGUGUCCCUCUCGCACGGCAUCCUCCUCGUCCGAGUCUGAAGAUGACAGACUGCCAUUAUCAAACAGCCAAUUGUCGACGGUCGAGCAACGAACGAACCUCGCGGUCUACCUCGACGAAGCCGCCGAGGCCAUGGAAGGCGGCAAGUCUCUUGCGAUGGCCCACGAGGAGCUACGGACAAGCAAUGGAUCUCGACGGCCGUCGCGGGACUUCCAAGCCGCGUUCGAAGCGCAGGAGGCACAAAAAGUCGCGGAACAGCAGAACAAGCGGGCCGAGAAACGACGACGUACCAUCAAGGAGCUAUGCGAUACCGAACGAGUGUACGCCAGCGACCUGGCCGUCUUGCGUGACAUCUUCCUCACGCGGGCCCGCGGGGCCGAGAUGAGUCCAAUCGUCGACCACGUCAUGGCCUCGGGUCUCGGAUUGGUUCGACUCGGUGAGGACGAGGAGGAGUCACCAUCUUCCAACGCGAAGUGGGCUCGUACUCCUCGAAGUCGCCAGACCUCGUUCACUCGAAGCUCGGUGUUGGCCAAGCUCGAGCGUCGCCGCCAAGAUUCGACGGGGCAGGCGCUCGAGUACAUCGAGGACGCGGUCAUGUCGUCGAGGGACAUCUACACCAUAUUCAUCAACCUCGAAGAAAUUGCUCAGCUGGCGGAAAGGUUUUCUGCAGCUUUGGAUGCUGCGCAAGGCAUUGACAGCGAAGAUGCCCAGGAUGACCGGAUCGGCGAAGUCUUUGUCGACACGGUAGGUCCCAAAAAGGCAACAAGGUGAUGCCAUGGAGAGCUGAUUGGGGCUCUCUUUGCUUGACAUAGCUUCCUCGCAUUAAGCAAGUGUACUCGACCUACUGUGCCCGCCACCACCGGGCGAUCAUUCGCCUCCAAGAGCUCGAGCCGACGCUGCGCACUUAUUUUUCCGAGUGCCGCACGCUCAGCCACGGGCGCACGAGCGCUUGGGACCUCGCGAGCUUGCUCAUCAAGCCGGUGCAACGUUGCCUCAAGUACCCUCUUCUGCUCGAACAGAUCCUUGCCGUGACACCAACGGAUCACCCGGAUCGACCUUCGCUCGUCGCGGCGCUCAAAAUGAUGCUCUUGACGGCGGAACACAUCAACGACUACAAGAAGCGCACCGACAAGGUCGAGAAUGUCCUCGCGUCCAAGCGAGGCUCUCACUCCCACAGUCGGGAUACGUCUUUUUCCUUGCACAAGAAAUUGCUCCGGUCUGCCGCCAAGUCCAAGGCCACGGGCAACAUCACGGACCAGAACGAGUUGUUCGAUACGCUCGCCGCGCUCGUCGACACGACUAGGGCUGGGGUGCUGCGCUUCUCAGCCGAGAUGAAAGAUUGGUCACGCGUAACUAAAGGAGCGCUGGAGGCCCAAGUCACGAUGGUCUCCGGUUGGAUCGAUCUUUGCGCUCCAAUCGGUGACGAGAUGUACCCGCAUCCUUCUCACCGCCGUUUGGAAGUCUUCCUGGACGAUGUGCUCGUACCGCUCAUCGAAGGCCCCUUCCGCGAGCUCGACCACGAGAUUCGCCGCUCGCUCGUGUCCAAGACCGAUCACCUCUUGUCCUUGUUCGAGAACCCACUCCAAGUGAUCAAGAGGCGCAACGAGCACAAGGCCGAACAUCGCCGUUAUAUGACGCGCAAGAUGCCCCAAGACCAACGAGGAUCGGAGGAUUUCGUCACGUUGACGACGCAAUUGCUCGAGGAGUUGCCCAAGUUCUUGGCGAGCGUGAGCAAGUACUUCAAUAUCGUCGUUUCGGCGUUCACGAACGUUCAGCACAUUUACCAGGAUAGUGUUAGAGAGAGAUGGGAGGCAUACGCCGAUGAGUGGUUGACGCAGAUCCCCAAGGGUGACUAUGCGGCGAUCGAGGCCGCCUUCCAAGAUGCGAGUCGGGAUGUGACGCAGAUGCUCGCCUCCAUCGUCAAAGGGCUCAACCUCUCCGUAGCCAGUAAGCCGCUCCUGUUCUCUUCUUUCACUGAGUCGAAUACAAACUGAUUGUUUAAUUACAUUGUCAAUUUUACAGCCGCUGGCACGAUCCAACGUCGUUCCAAGAGUACGCGAAGGAAUCAGGGGCGUGACUCUCUACAUUCGACGAGCAGUUCCUCGUCCAACACGACGCCAGUCAUGUCUGCUCGAGGUCGAUUCAACGGAGCCGAAGCAAAACAUUUCGAGGACUAUUCCAUCACCUCUUCGUUCCAGGGACGCUCUUCAGGCCACGGUGACAACGGGAGCAUGCCUUCUUCACCUUCGACGGGUCGACCUUGCUUGCGUCGACAUGAGGCAUCGUCGUCUUUACGUCGGAACAAACGAGCCUCGGAAGCUUUACCGCCUUUACCUCCCAUGCCUACGACUUCGAGCAGUCUCAUCUCGAACUACUUUGACAACGUAUCAGAGGACGAGGACCAUGAUGGAAAAGACGGGGAUUCGAUGCAUCACAUCUUGUACCGAGCCGAAGCGAUCGCCUCGGCGUGUUCGAGCGCGUACAGGAGUGGGUACCCUUUGCUUACCUUCAUCGAGGGGGAUCAGGUCGACGUCGAGUUGGAAGAGGCGGAUUCGGAACAGGGGGGUUCGGGCUGGUUGUUGGCGAGGGAUGGGGAGGGGAUCUUGGGGUGGUGCAGGACCGAGGACUUCAUUGUCGUCGAGUAG